CUCCCGGCAGCGUCGCCGUCAUGGGGAAGGACUAUUACAGGAUUUUGGGCAUCCAGGCUGGUGCCAACGAGGAUGAAAUCAAGAAAGCCUAUCGGAAAAUGGCCCUGAAGUAUCACCCCGAUAAGAAUAAAGACCCCAACGCCGAGGAGAAGUUCAAGGAGAUUGCGGAGGCUUACGAUGUCCUGAGUGACCCCAAGAAACGAGCUGUUUAUGACCAGUACGGGGAGGAAGGUCUCAAAACCGGAGGGGGCUCUUCAGGUGGCUCAGGGAACACUUUCCACUACACCUUCCAUGGAGACCCCCACGCCACCUUCGCGUCCUUCUUCGGAGGCUCCAACCCUUUCGACAUCUUCUUCGCUAGCAGCCGCUCCCGGAUGUUCAACGGCUUUGACCAGGAAGACAUGGAUAUCGAUGAUGAUGAUGAUCCUUUCAGUGCCUUCGGCCGGUUUGGCUUCAAUGGCAUUAACGGGAUGCACCGGCGGCACCAAGAGUCCCUGCACACGCGUAGGAAGGUCCAAGACCCACCCAUCAUCCAUGAGCUCAAGGUGUCCUUGGAAGAGAUCUACCACGGCUCCACCAAGAGAAUGAAGAUCACACGCAGAAGGCUCAAUGCUGAUGGCCGGACCAUGCGGACUGAGGACAAGAUCUUAAACAUUGUCAUCAAACGGGGCUGGAAGGAGGGAACCAAAAUCACAUUCCCCAAAGAAGGUGAUGCCACCCCAGACAACAUCCCUGCUGACAUCGUCUUCAUCCUCAAGGACAAGCCUCACUCACACUUCAAGAGGGAUGGGACGAAUGUGGUCUACACAGCAAACAUCAGUCUUAAAGAGGCCUUGUGCGGCUGCACCGUGAACAUUCCCACCAUCGAUGGGCGGGUGAUCCCACUGCCCUGCAACGACAUCAUCAAGCCAGGGACAGUGAAGAGACUGCGUGGGGAGGGGCUGCCCUUCCCCAAGGCCCCCAGCCAGCGAGGAGACUUGAUCGUGGAGUUCAAAAUCCGCUUCCCAGACAGAAUAGCUCCCCAGACGAGACAGAUCCUCAAGCAGCACCUCCCCUGCUCCUAGAGCCCGGGGAUUCUCCUCCAAGCAGCAAUACUCCAAAAGCAUGUGCCACAGCACCUGGCCCACAUGGAGCAGAGGUGCCACAGCACUUUCAAAUGCAAAAAAAAAAAA